GGAUACUUUGCAUAUUACUUGUAGCCUAAAACUGUGCGGGCGUGGAGCCAAUGAGUCUGAGGAGACCGUCAAGCAACUUUCAAGAGUCGGUGCUCACGGCCAGCGUGACGAGUCGCGUAACCUCACCAGGACACUCGAGGGCUGCCACCUCGGCGAUAGAUCAUACAGACACGGAGGAUUUCGUGCGGUACUUGCUUGAGGGGUCUGGUGCUGAGAAAAACGUCGACUUUGCGGCUCUUCGGAGAGAUCUUGAGAUCUCAACACCGUCCAUCUCCAAGGUGUUGGAUCUACAGAGUUAUAAUACUACCGACUCUUCACCGAGUUCCAACACAUCUAGGAUCCCUCAUGUUGGGAGCAGAGAACAGGCUGAUGGUCGUUUUGAACUUGGGGCAUCCGAGGAAGAGCUACCAAGAACAUUCCCAUCCGACACCGAAUUCCGUAAAACCGCUCGCGAGCACGAAAGAAUACCAUCUAGUUACGAACAGAGGAGACCUGCUGACGUAGCGCCAUCCUACCUCGGGACCUCAGGACGAAGAUCUCCCCCAACUGCCGCCUUAAACCCUCCUUUUCGAAACGACCCAGCACCACACGCGGUUGAAAAUGAACCGGAUAUCACGGGCACUCGAAGUGCUCCCCUGCAUACCAACUCACUUCGUAGUGCAACGCUGACAGCGGACCUGAACACCAACUCUCGCGCAUUUUCAAAUGUGUUAACAGAUUCCACCGUGAAGCCGAUCAGGGGUUUGGAGAGACAGAGCAGUCAUGAUAUUCAGGACAGCCGGGGAGGUCCAGUAUCAGAUGGACCUUCAAACAGAUUUACGAGCGCCUCAGGGGACGUUUUUCGGAGCAGGUUGCCUUCGGUGACAGAAGAACUUGGCACCUUUAGGCCAACGGAUCCUCUGAUAUCCACUCGCUCUAGAUCUAUGCAUGGACUGGCUGAGUAUCAGUCGGCAGCUUUGCAGGAUCUCUCCGCACAGCUAACAUCUGCUGGCUUCCCACCGCUCCAUCCUGCAUUACUGUAUUCCAAUGUUGGAGACCCGGGCACACCAGGAGUUUUGAGCGAGCGACAGGUGGAGGCGUUGAAAUCUACUUUUUCGUCCUUGAUCACAGAGUAUGUCAGGAGGGGGGAAAUGGUGCAGAACUUGGUGAACAAAGUCGCGCAGGUGGAAAAGCAAGGGGAAAUCUGGCAUGAGAAAGCCAAGGAAGCGGAAGCUCAAAGGCAACGAGCAGGUGGAAAUGAUAUGCGAACAAUAGAUGAGCUGCAGAAAACCAUAAAGGCGUCCGUCACGCAAAACGCCACUUUGACGGCGGAACUUGCGACCGCCCGAGCUGAAUGCGCUGACCUCCGUAAGCGCUAUGAAAGUCUAAAGAAGCAUAUGAAAGAGGAGGAAGAUCGGGUUGAACGUAUCAAAAUGGAAAUGGCCCAUAUGGUGGAAAAGGCGGAAAAAACGCGACAGCGCAAUGAACGUACUUUUAUGACUAUCACCGGUCAAUAUCAUCGUAAUCCGAACAAAAGCGGGCUGGAUCGCUUGACUUUGGAAGUUAUUGAAGUAUAUGAAGAUAAACUCAGCAAAGCUCGCCAAGAAGUCGAAACACUUCGAGUGAAACUUGUAGAGAUGUCGCAACAGACCCGAAGUCGGUCUUCCCCCCAGGAGGAGGCUAAUGGAAAGUUUGAACCAAUGUCGUCGUUCAGGGCGUCAAAGAAUGGACACUCGUCACGAGCAGUAUCGGCGAGAGAUGGCAUUGAUCUUGAGGCGGAGCUUGCUGCCCGUGGCAAGGGUGCGCUGGAACUUACAUUGGAAGAAGAGAGGGCCGAGCAGUUGCAGAGAGCUAUGGGCCAACAGAUCAAUGGAUUACAGGCGCGCCUCGAAGCCAUGACCCAGGCCCUGCGUGAAUCACAAAAGGAGGCCGACCUAUUAAAACUUCAGCUUCUGGCUUCCAAAAAGGCUGACUGGAUGGAGCAGACAAAGCGAGAGAGAGCGAACGGUUUGAAAACGAGGGACCUGAUCCGGAUGGACAAGAAAGCAUACAAGCUGAGAUUGUUCAAGAUUGAUAACCUCUCGCUUGAAGAAUGUCAGGAAUUGCUCAAGGAUGUGUGUGUUAAAUUUGAUAUUAACGACAUUGAUCGUUUGUCGACUGCGUUGGAAACCGUUGAGACGGUCAUUAGACUUGUUCCUCAAAUGGAAAAGUUUAUUCAAGGAGUCGAUGGAGCUGUCUGGGCGCAUAAAUCGCGAUUCCUGGGUGAUAAUGAAAAUGAGGGGGAUGUCCAACUUGGGCCUCGUCUCUAUCACCGGUUACCAGAAACGCUGGAGGUCGUCGAAAGCUGGGCCAAAUCUAUCGGCGAUAUCGAAGUUCUUCGGGACUUCCGCAGACGGGUGCAUGAUAUCAUGAGAACGAGGCAAACGGCUAGCAGCGAUGAGAACUGUCUCGAAGCAAUCAGGCGAAUGCAGUCUGGACAACAGCAAAGACAGCGCGUACCGAGCGCUGGGGCACCUGUCAACGACGCAGCCUACUUGGCUGUCAACCAUUUCCGUGAUCUAUUUGAACUACGUCCUACUGAGGAUGUUCAGGCGAAGAUGAAUGACUUGUAUGUCUUUUACGCUGAGGUCCAAGCUGGGCUGGGACGCUUGCGGGAUACCCUUGGACUCGACCAUAGUAUCCAACCCGGUCGUGUACUUGUCCACGCUGCCGAUGCUGUGCAUUCAUUAGCGGAGCUUUCUGAAGCAAUGCGGAAAUCCAUCCGGCGAACUUCUUUGGAAAAAUUGCGACGCCCACUGACGCCUCCAGCACAAAAUGUCCGAGAGCGUCGUGAUGAUAAUGGGCAAGUGACGCAUUUCAGAGAGCGCUCCACAUCUCCUGUUGAUCGACGCGGUGGGGGUGGUAGUGGAGACUUUGUUCCAAUUCACGGAGUUGAUGACGUAGGUGCGGACGCGCACCGCGUCGAAAGAGAGCGCAAUGGGCAUUUUGGAGCUUCUAAUAGCCGUUUUCUUUCGAGACGAGGAGAUGAAUCGGGUCCAAGGAAUCCGUCGGUCCAUUCACAAAGUGAAACGGGGCCGUCCGCGAGGUUCCAAGAUCACGGUGGGCAUACAGUCUCCUCAAGACCUGAGCCAUCCGGAUCCCCAAGAUUUCCUAGAGCAGACAUGGGAGGGGCUGGAAGGGACAGGAUCCCAUCACCACAAUCCGGUUCAUAUCGAGUCGAGCGAUUGGGAUCACACACAGGGACAGCUGACAGAGGGCGCUCUGCCCCUCUUGACGCCGAAGCCCAGUUAUCGUCCUUGCUGGCAAGGCCAGAUAUGCAGCCUUCGUCCAGAACCCAGCGUGAACCGCCAUUUUCAGGAAAGUCUUCUUUGUCGCGCGAUAGAAACCGAUUAGAUGAGAUUCUACGAUUUGGUGAGGAACUAGCCCGAUCACCAAAGAGUGGGCGUGCGUAUCGCGAUAACGGCCAACGAUCGAAUAGUCCUGAUCGCCUUGGCGGCCGGUCAUCACCCAUUUCUUUAACAGUCCAGCGUCCUGUAUCAACGGACCGUUUCCGCACUCCCCGGACCUCCACUCCCGAGUACGGACAUUUCGAUGAAAAGGAGGGAAUGUAUGGGCAGGGGGCUGGGUGGGCUGGAGACGAGGGUUUUGAUGGCCGGCCUUCUGAACACGAUGAACAGGACGACUUUGAAAAAGUUUUAGAAGAAGAGGGACGUAAUAUUCGGCUCUCCAUGGACGAUGACAUUCCCACUCAUAUCGGCAGGGCCGAGUCUCGGGAAGAAACCCUUUCUCGGCGUUCAAAGCAUUCGCCAGGCCUUUCGGGUGUGCAAAUGUUGACUGGUGUUAUGAAUUACGGUGACGAAGAUAACGAAGCAAGUCAGAGUAUGUUGGAUGUACCAUCCCAGGCUGUUGGUAUUGACCCCGACGUUCUUUUUGGACGGCGUGGAAGUGAAACUGUGUUAAUGGAGGGAACGGUAGAAGGUGUUAACCUUUCUUUUGGGGAAAUGAAUGUGGCUCCCGAGGGUAAUGAUGAAUUUUCUUUUGCUGUUGGGACGUAGCGAUAGCAAAAGGACAACCCCAAUCUUUUUGUAUAUAUAUAUACGAGUCCGAAAAUCGUUUUUAAAUCAAAACGAAAACAGAGACGUAAAGAUGCAAUAUGGAAAGUUUGUUUUAGAAGGUGAAAUCUACACUUUUUUAUUUAUGGAAUAUAUAUCGCUCAAUGUUCAC